AUGGCUGAGAUGUUUGACAUUCCAAUGGAUCGUAGGUGCCUUAACAACUGCGAAUGGAUUAGGAAGGCCGUAGAAUGUGAAGGCGUCCAGGCACGCAACAUUAUAAAGUAUAAUGUACCUAUAAAUGACAAACAGGCAUUUUUGCCGGCAUUCCUACAGGAAUACCGCUGCAUGCAGGGAAAGGCCUCGCCUCCUGUGAUGCGUACGCGUACGCCUUCCGACAGACGCAGUGGACCAGCAAAAAUCAGUGUACUGCAAACACUCUACACCUGCUCCUUUAACGCGACGACACUAGUCGAAGUCAUUAUGAUCCUGAAACACAGUGAACACGACUUCAAGGCGCUCAUUGAGAAGAUGAGUCUCCUGCGUCGUUACGAAUCUUCUGCGGUGGAAAACAGACCGCAGUGUUUAGCAUGGGAUGAACGCAAAAUCUCUCCGGGUAAACCUAUUAUGCAUCGCGUUCUGGCUGAGGGUAGUAGUCACGGUGGCCAAACCUCGUUGAUUACGGCCUCUCCGGCAAUGACUGCACGUACACUGGCCACCGACGAAGAUGACUUCGAUUUUGGGACUAGCGGUCCCGCGACCGGUCGUCGUGAACCCGCCCGAUGUGGAAAGACGAACCCAAUUGACAUUGCUGUCGGUCGA